UUGAGAGAAAUUCCUACUAGCAUUGGUAAACUUUCCUCCCUCAAGAUCUUGGUGCUAGACAGGCUUGACAUUGAAGUACCAAAACUCCCCACGAGUUUAAAAGGGCUAUCCCUCUCAUCACCUAGGGUUCCCAAUCUUUUGGAGCUCAAGGACUUGGAGUGGCUACAUUGGAGUCGUGCGCUUUUGAUUCCUGGGGACAUGUGGAAGCUGUCCAAGUUGAAGGAUUUGGAGUUGUGGCAGGUUGAGUGCAGGAAGAAUGCCUUUGUUCUUCACCAAGAAUCAGUUGAUCUCAACGACCAGAAUCAUUGUUCUCUACGACGUCGUACGAGAACCCUUAUUUUAUCCUCGCCUACCCUUCCUUCAUCUCUAAAUACCCUAUCGAUCUCAGGUUAUCAAUUUGUGCCUUUAGAGAGACUACCAAACCUUGUGAAUCAGAGUAACUUGACGUACUUGGAUUUGUCGGAGAUUGGGGUACAUGAGAUCGCUGGUCUGGGAGAGCUGAGAAUGCUGGAGAACUUCGACUUACAGGAUGCUUCAAAUCUAAUUGAUCUUGAUGGCCUCCAACAUCUAAAGCUUCUGAAGGAACUGCGUGUGUAUCGUUGUGAUGUACUGAGAAAACUGCCCAGCUUGUCAAAUUUGACCAAGUUACAGACGCUCAAGAUCUUUCGUUGUCCACUCCUCUCUGAAAUUCAUGGGCUUAGCGACCUGGCGGAACUAUCCACUCUACGGAUCAUUGAGUGUCGUAAGUUGACUGGGUUGAUGGGGAUUGACAAAUUGGAGUCAUUGCAAGUAAUGAAGAUUCGUGAUUGCUCUUCCAUUGAGGAGCUGCCUGAUGUAUCUGCUUUGGAGCAUUUGCGGGAGUUGAAAAUCACGGGAUGCAAUCAGUUGACUGAGGUGAUGGGGGUUGACAAAUUGGAGUCGUUGCAAGAAUUGACGAUUACUAAUUGCGUGUCGAUUAAGAAGCUCCCUGAUCUAUCUACUUUGAAGCUCUUGCGAGAGUUGACAAUAAGAGGAUGCAAUCAGUUGCCAGAAGUUGUGGGGAUUGAGCGAUUGAAGUCAUUGCAAUUAUUGGAGAUUACUGAUUGCACUUUGAUUGAGAAGCUGCCUGAUCUAUCUGCUUUGGAGCACUUGCGGGAGUUGAAAAUUACGGGAUGCAAUCAGUUGACUGAGGUGAUAGGGCUUGGUAAAUUGGAGUCAUUGCGAGAAUCAACGAUUACUGAUUGCGCAUUGAUUAAGAAGCUGCCCGAUCUAUCUGCUUUGGAGCACUUGUGGGCGUUGACAAUUAUCAGAUGCAAUCAGUUGCCAGAAGUUGUGGGGAUUGAGCGAUUGAAGUCAUUGGAAUUAUUGGAGCUUACUGAAUGCACUUCGAUUGAGAGGCUGCCUGAUCUAUCAGCUUUGGAGCACUUACGGAACUUGAAGAUUACUGGAUGCAAUCAGUUGACUGAGGUGAUAGGGCUCGAUAAAUUGGAGUCAUUGCAAGCAUUGAGGAUUACUGAUUGCGCUUCGAUUAAGAAGCUGCCUGAUCUGUUUGCAUUGGAGCACUUGCGUGAGUUGACAAUUACUGGAUGCAAUCAGUUGACAGAAGUUACGGGGAUUGAGAGAUUGAAGUGGUCAAGAUAUUUUACGAUAGACGAAAGGCUGAAGACGCAAAAGAGAUUGGAGCAUGGGCGAUGGGAGCUGUUGGAUAGGGCUAACAAUUCACGCCCAACGAAGUGGUCCAGAUUCCAUAGCUGCUGGGGAGUUUGUCGCAAAGACAGUGAUAUCAUAUCGUUAUAG